GUCAACAGUUUCUAUAUUGUUGGUUGUGGUGGCAAAGACCUAAAAGACAACAUAUUUCUAUUUGUUUUGUUUUGUUUUGUUAUAUUGGUGGGUAUAUGUAAUCUCAGUCAAAUAUUGUUGAUUAUAAACUAUACACAAAACAAAUAACAAAAAAAAAACUCACAAACCCAAGAAGAAAGGAGGAGAAGACGAAGAAGAAUAGCUAUGUGCUGUUGUUGCUGCAGUGAGGAAUGUGAAUGCAGGCCUUUGGGCUUUCUCUUGGGGCUACCCUUUGCUUUCUUGGCCCUUCUCCUCUCACUCAUCGGAGUCAUUAUCUGGAUUGUCGGGUUAGUGUUGACAUGCAUAUGCCCAUGUUGCUUGUGCGUGACAAUAAUAGUGGAGCUAGCGCUGGGAUUGAUCAAGGCUCCCUUUCUUGUCGUGAAAUGGUUCACAGAACAGAUCCCUUGCUAGAUCUAAAAUCAUCACCUUGAUAUUCUACCGUUGGUUCUUGGAACAAAAAGGAUUCUUUGACUAUGUUGUUGUGUUACUCGCAUGAAUUUCUCCAUUUUUAUUUUAUGAUACAUAUUUUAUGGUUCUUGAUGUUAUUUACCUUCAAUCAUGAUAAACAAGAGGAUGUUAGUCACAUAAUGCAAUUGUUAGUGAAUAAUAUCUUGAUGUUUAAGCUAUGAAUAUAUGGGUUUUUCCACUUGGUGUUUUGUUAGCUUUUUUUGAGUUUCCAAAUCCUCAAAAAAGGAUGACUUGACAUUCAAUUCGAGUGAUCUGAGCUUUGAUUGAAGGACAUGCCAUAGAACUAAUUGUAAGAGAGAAGACAGUAGUUGCUCAGUUGUCUGGCUGUAAUUUUCUUUCUCAAGGAGAAUAUGAUUAUAUUAAUAGCCGAUACUAAAUAAACUGAAUGUGU